AUGCAGGAGCUCACCAUAUACAGGGCCCCAGUGGCCUCUGUCGACUCGGCCGAUGCCCCUGGCGACGAUGUCAUGGGCAUAACCGCGAUCCAAAGCAUGACCGUCGCCGACCCGGCCGCCGGCAAAACCAGUGAUGAAUUCCGCGACUUCAUCAUCCCCGAAGACCGGAAACUGGGCAUCUUCUCAACAACGAUCCUGAUCAUCAACAGAGUCGUGGGAACGGGUCUUUACUCAACGCCGUCUGCCAUCAUUGCCCGGACAGAGAGCGUCGGCGCCACCCUUCUCUUCUGGGUUUUGGGUGGUCUCAUGACUUUUGCUAUCUUUGUGUAUCUCGAGUUUGGAACCGCACUCCCACGGUCUGGUGGAGAGAAGGUCUAUCUGGAGAGGGUGUAUCAAAAACCACGAUAUUUGGCCACCUGCAUUUUCGCUGUGCAGUUCGUCGUGUUUGCCGUGUCCACGGCAAACACAAUUAGCUUCGCCAACUAUGUCAUGAAGGCUGCCGCCUAUGAUCGCCCCUACUCUCCCGAAACGGACUGGCCUACACGUGGAGUUGCGCUCCUUGCCAUCACUCUUACGUGUCUCAUCCACGCAUUUGCCCCCAAGACGGGCAUCUGGCUCAGCAACAUCCUGGGCUGCCUGAAGCUUAUCAUCCUGAUGCUCGUUGUUUGCACCGGCUUCGCCGUUCUGUCGGGGAGGUCGGCGAGUCCGUCUCCUCACAAUUUCUCGACCUUCGACGGCCCCGGGGAGGUCAAGUCGCGCGGCGAAACGCAGAUCGCAGGCGGAUAUGCGUUGGCCCUGCUGCAAGUCCUAUACUCGUAUAGCGGUUGGGAGAAUGCAAACUACGUGCUGACAGAAGUCCGAGAUGCCCCCAAGACGCUGAAAAUCGCUGCGCCCCUGGCCGUGUCGAUUGUGACGGUGUUCUAUGUCAUGGCCAACAUUGCUUUUUUUGCCGCCAUGUCCAAGCAAGAAAUUGCAGAUGCCAGGGUCACCGUGGCCGCAUCUUUCUUUGAAGCGGCUUGGGGAAAGAGUGUGUUUGUGACUCGUGUUGUGCCUUUUUUCAUCGCAUUAUCCGCACUAGGGAAUAUCUUUGCCCAAACUUUUGCGAUGCCCCGAGUCAAACAAGAGCUUGCCAAAGAGGGCAUAAUCCCAUUUUCGAGGUUUUUCGCCAGCGACUGGCCUUUUAACGCACCCUCAGGGGCCAUCUUUCUGCACUGGCUCUUCUCGGUUAUUCUCAUCGUCGCGUUGAGCAUGCCAGACGCGUACACCUUCGUCACCAACAUCUUCGUCUACACGGGCAACUGGAUCAAGCUGCUCUUGGGCGUGGGUCUCCUCUACCUGAGGUUCAAGCCGAACUCGGGCUGGGCCGAACAGCGGACGACAUUCAGCAGCUACACGCCCAUGACUAUAUUCUGGAUCGUCUCGCUUCUCUACUCGCUGUCGGCCCCGUUCACCCCCAACGAUAUCUCGGGCAAGAUUAUCCCCUAUUGGGUGAUGCCAUCUCUGGGCGCGAGCAUGCUGGUGAUAGGGGUGGCCUACUGGCUGGUAUGGGCGAAUCUGCUUCCCAUGUUUGGGUACCAGAUACAGCACGAGGUUGUCCAAUUGCCAGACGGUAGCGAGAGAGUCAAAUAUGUGCAUGUUCCAUCAAAACGGCACCGAAGAUCAGCAUAUUCUACUGAUUCAUGA